AUGCAAUUAAAACCUACCUUAAAUCAAGCUCAAAAUUUAUCAAAACAUAUUGAUGAAUGAAAUUAAAACAAUCGAACAUGUUUCAAGUUUUCAUUACACUACCAGAUGCUCAGACAAAAAGAAAAACCUCGAUGCUGAAGGUAAAAAUAAAGAAAAAAAUACUGAAAGUUCUACAGAGGAAACGUUCAGCAAAGAAAAAAGUGAACCAAUAGAAACAAAUCAAGUGUUAAAAAAAUCUGCUGUAGUUAGAAAACAACGUAAAACUUGGGAACAAUGGAGUGCAGAAGAAACAAAUUUAUUCUUUGAAGCAUUGUCAAUACAUGGAAAAAACUUUGAUCUCAUUUGGAAAUAUAUCGGCACUAAAUUGGGCAAAAAUAUGACAAGAAAUAAAGAGCAAAUUAGACAUUUUUAUUAUAGGACAUGGGCUAAGAUGUCUCAAUAUAUCAAAUACAAAAAUGAGGCACAAAAAAAUUCUGCUAAGAAAAAUCACAUUGAACUUUAUUGCCUGCUCAGUUAUGGAGAAAUUAGGAAAAAGUUUAAUGCAGUUUUAGAUGAUGACAAGAAAUUUAGAAGGAGAAUAAAGGAACAUCUUACUCACCUUAUUUUUAAUGGGUCAAGUUGGGCCAAAUUCAAAGAUAGAAAAAUACGAAUCAAGCUGCCCGCAUGUGAAGCCCUGAAAAAUAUAAACAUUAACAAUAACGCCAUCGCUUCCACAUCAAUCCUGGACUCCAACUCUAGUACCAUAAUUUCCGCCGAUCACAGAAACAGUCAUCAUUUGAAUAAUGGCGUUCAAAACGGCGAUAAAACUCAUACAUCGGAUCCCUUGUUCCCUCGGAAGGAUUUAAAUCUCGCCAACAUGCCAUCUAUCUUAUCUACCGUCAAUUCUCUCAAUAAAAUGUCUUCUAAUAUCGAUAGCGCUAACACUGUCCACCACAACAAUCACGCCAAUCGUAUGAAUGAAUCUUUAUUAAAGCCCACCUCUAUUUCGGUUCUUUUGACUCCUCGAGGGGGGAAAGAAUGGAUAUUCGUACAAGCCCUGGCGCAGAAUCCCAGGGUUAAAAUCAAGGUGUUACCCGGAACAAGGCUGGAAGAAAUCUCGCGUAUACUAUUCAAUAAAUGGGGGCACACGGACACCGCGCGAUGCUUUUCCGCCUACAAAGAUUUGCUGACAAACAAUGAACGCCUCACCGCGUUCAUUCGAAACGAAAAAAGCUCCGAUCCCGCCCUCAAUGAGGGCGUCGACUUUUUCGCGAAGUUAGCCCAGGAAAAUGAAAACAACCCUUUCCCUUCUCCCGGUUCGAGAGGCGCGAACGCGAUCAACAAAACGCCGAAAAUUGGCGAGAGUAUUCACAAGAUCCAUCUCAGGCUGCCUAACGAGCUCCUAGAUUCCUUGACCCAACUCACGAACGUCUUAGCCAAGAAUAAUUGUACCAAAAAUAUUACCGCCAAUAAUUGUCACCACGAUGGAGUCCUCGAAAACAUCGCAACUUGCGAGUGUUGCGCUUAUAAGGUCCGCUUUGAUUUGAGGAAUCUAUUUGCCGCCAAAAACUUGUACAAAAAAACGGUCGGCGAACUUUAUUCGGCCUUCGGCCGUCCAUCUAAAAUUCAUUUGCAAUACGAAAUCGAGAAAUAUGCGCCAUCUACUUCCGUUGACGUUGAACACCCAACCGAAUCCUCUCCGAGUUACCACGAUAAAGAUAAGCGCCUGUUUAGGAGUUUGUUCGAUCUAGCGUUGGCAGAAUCCUGCAUGACUAAAACAUCGACUCAUAGCCAUCCAUCUUGCGCCUAUUUCAAACAUGUCGAAACUCAGGAAAUUUCGGAAAGCAACCAUAGCACCGACACUUCCAACACUGAUAAUCUCAUUUCUUCCGCAAAUCUAAUCGAUCCAACGCAUUUAACGUUAGAAUCUGAGGUAAAAGCCUCGAAAAAACAGCAACUUCCCCUCCCGCAACAACCCCCUAGAACAUUAUUGCCUAAGCCUAAACACGCCCACUUUGUCCUGAUCGAUAAUUAUAUCAACCCAUCGUCCCUGAUCCUGAAUCACCAGAACGUCGUCACUAAUUUCGGCCAAAGCGGGUCGCCUUUCGCCGUGCAAUCUAACAACGUGAACCUUAUAGAAGAAAUCGUCGCUAAUCGAAGCGGUUACCUCAAUAGCGUCAACAGUAUAGGAGGCUACAUCAAUACUGUCAGCCCGCAUUCCGUGGCUAAUCUGGUGUCACCAAGUUUUCAAGUUCCUCAAUACCGACCUAGACGUUACAGGGCAAGACUCAGGCGCUCGGCACCUUUCACGGAUCGAGCUCAAAUCCCUUUAAUACCUAGAAUCAUUCCUCUCUCCGCUAACGCCCCUCAAUCAUACGCCUCAUCAAGCGAACCUCUCAAACUGAUCUACACUACCAACGACCGAUUCCUGCAAUUAUCCGAAAUGAUAUCGUCGAAACAAGCCCCUUCACCCGGAUCGUGCGGACAGAUGUCCACUCUAAAUGAGGACAUUUUUAGAGCAAACAAUUUUUGCAUGCUCCCCGAUCCUUCCCUUUUGCAAAACGAGAAUCGCCCGCUCGCUAUGUCAACCCCCACCUACACCGGAAGCAAUGACGAUGAUGACGCGAAGAGCUUUACACGAAAUUCGCCUUACACGAUGUCAACCGCUGGCGACAUUCCUCUAGUAGAUUUGAAUAGAUUCAUUGGAGGAACGAACCACGAAGAUAGGCUCGUCAGCGGGAACGCUUCGAUGACGCCGGUAGCCAAUAAAACUGACAAGCUUAUAGAUAUGGCGCUAGGGGAUGUUUCAUGGCUGUCUUCUCAUAUGAAUAAUUACCAAAUGGACGAUAAUUUCCUCAUGAAUACGAAUGACUUUUUAAUCUCCGAGGAAUCAAUAACCAAUAAUAACAUGAUGUCCAUCAUGCGCGUAAAUAACAAUUCCGUGAAUAGCAGCAGUGCAAAUGCGAUAAAUACUUCCUUGAAUAAUAUGCUCGAUGACGCGAAUAUCAUUCAUAUUAGUUCGAACGAGACCCUCAUUCCUUCUACCAGUUUUAAUUUUGGCCAAGUCACGUGCAAGAUGGUGUGCCCCGUGACCCUCACACAUGACGAUUACAAGCAUUUCGGGAUCAAAAAUGACGCGCAUGCUCACGACCAGAACAGCAAUACGUUUAGUUCGUUGUACUUAAAUAACGAUAACUCUUUGCUAAAUUAUUGCGAGCAAAGCAAUCUUUCCUUCGCCACUUUGCUAGAAAACAACGCUAUCUCCAAGCAUCCGGUUUCCGAAGAUUCGGAAUUCUUAUCUUCCAUCCAACUUCAAAAUAUAGACAGUCCGAGCUUUAAAGGUCUGAUACAUCCCCAUUCCAAUAGCAACGCGACUGUGGACGAAGAUGCACACCUGUCAUCAAAAAUCAAAGCGGAUACUCAUUUUCCCGAUUCAUUUUUAUGAAAGCAAAACUUUUAAAAAAAUAAUAGUCAACAGAAAUGAUGUACUACCCCCCCCCCCGUCCCCUCUCCCCUUCCUCUAGAAAAUUUUAUAACGAACAUUUUUGUUACGAUCGCAAAAAAAAAUUACGUUAAUUACUUCGAUUUACAAUAUAUUAUUUAUAUUUUUUUUUAAACAACGAAUACAGUUAUAUAUUUAUAACUAUUACUUACAAAAAAGUAGAGUAGAAAUAUUAGCUUUGAACAUGGAAGGGUGAAAUAAAUUUGAAAGAUCUCGUUCCUAACAA